AUGGCGGAACCGAAAGUACAAUUGAGUUCUUCGAAGCUGCCGGACAAAACGCUAGAAAACGAAGGUUUAAAAUCCCUUCUUUGGUUUUCCAACUGUAGAAGAAAUGCGUAUUUUCCAGUUAUACUGACCUUGUGCAGUAUCUGUGUCUAAUGUACAGGGAGUGCCACCGAUAAGAUCGCAACUGUUGGUGAGAAGAGAAAACUGCCACAGAUCUCUGACUCUAAAGUCACGCAAAAACCCAAAAUCUCGAUGAAUCUGUCUGGAUCUACACAGAAAAAACCAAUAGGAGUCAGUUUAACGCUGGUAAUGUUUUUUUUAUAAUGUUGCAAGUUGGCUUUAACUUGAAAAUGAAUAUAAUUUAGGAAUGAACUGGGAAAAUGUGAUGCGGAACUACAAUGUAUGCUUAAUGGUUUCCGCUGAGUAAAGCUUUAUCAGCUUAUCUAUUUAAGGAAGCUAGACUUUGAUUACGGAGCAUAUUUGCUAGGAAACGCCCAAAGACAUUUUUCCGCAUAAAAUUGACCCUUGAGGAAUCAGUAACUUGAUCAAUAAGUUUUUAAAAUAUAAGCUUAUAUGUUAUAAGCUUAGUCAAAAUUAUAUUCAGGUUAAAAUUUAAAACCUACAAUAGGCUGAUUCUCAAUUUCCUUUGUCUCCUAGCUCUAAUUAUUCAUGAAUCAGGGCUAGGAGACUAAGGAAACUGAGAAUCAACCUGGGUUAAAAAAUUUAAACCAAGAGUUUAGUUUUCAGUUAAGCUUAAUAAAUGUAUUUUUCUUGAGUACUAAAUCCCACAUUCACUUUCAUCUUUUAUUUCUUGGGAUGUUUCCAUGCUUUCAGUUAUCUGCUAAAAACUGGCAACACACCCUAAACAUUGCUGAAUCUUGAAUUAUCCAGUGAAACUACCAGCUACAAAUGUGUUAGUUUUUUCAAUCAGAAAUUUUUUACAUGCCAUGUAUUGACCUCCGAAAACCGCCAUUUCUACUCGCUCCUCGCUGGUGGGGACGUUUCUGCAACUCACCAACAGAAAUUUCAUACUAAUAGCGUAAAAUCUGUCCAGAAUCUGGUCAUAAGCAGUGAUUGGAUGGCGGAGUGGUUACAUUGUUUUAGCUAACUACUUACUAAUGAGACACAAAAUGCUACAUGUACUGAGGGCAAAUGUAAGUGCCAUGAAUCUAUAACAAAACAGUCAAUAUUUGUGGAAUAUAUUCUUCUCUAGAAGCAUUUGAGUUUUGCUGAAGCUCGUUCACAGAUGAACACAACACUUUACCAAAAUUGACAAAGAGAAACAUAAAAUUGAACAAAUUUGCAUUUGGGACCCCAUAACUACUGGCUUUAUUAUGCAAACGUUGAUUUACGUCAUCAGUAUGGAAUUUCUGCCACUGGGUUGCAGACGUUCCUCCUUGUGAAACAUCCUCAGCAACAAGGAGCAAGGAAAACAGCUGUUUUAUUAUUUGUCUUUAAGCAGUUUAAAUUAAACACCCUAUUUCCUGGAUUUGGCAAGAUGUAUCAGUCAAUUCCAAGGGCACCCGUCUGACCAUCUUGAUGGUCAACAUACAUAUAACAGGGACUUUGACCACAAUUUCUCAAAAUAGCCAGAUUCCUGGGAUUUGUCCUGGGUUGAAAGUAGGUUGGAGAUGAUGACUGCUCUUGGAAGUGACUAAUGCAUUUUAUGUCAUAUUUGAGAUUGCAAAUUUUCUUCACUAUGGUAUUAGAUUUAUCAUUUUUUGGUGCUGGUGCUGUUUUUAUCCUAAAGUGCAUAGCUUAAAGCACUCACUAUAGGUGUUGACAUUUCAGGUACCAGCCCUUUAUUGGGGUGCUCUAACUUAAAGGGAGUGUCUGGUACUCCAUUCAAGGGCUUUCCAUGACCAGUUGUUGGCAGAACCAAAGCAUCUUACAGAUGAACUGUAGAAAAUUACAUAAAUAAUACACUGCCAAUUAAAAGCACCAUUCCUGAAACAGAAAAUGGUUAAAAAUUAUCUCUAUUAUUAAUAUUAUGAUUAUCAUUUCUCUUCAAUAGGGAUCAGAUCCAAAGAAACCAAAAAAAGAACCACUUUUAGUGCAACGAAAAAAGGAACUUGCAUCAGUAUUUAAUGAUGAGGUACAAAAUCAUUAUUAUUAAAAAUACUAUAAAAUUCCGAAAAUAAGCCCCUCCAUGUAUAAGCCCCUCCAUGUAUAAGCCCCUCCAAAUAUAAGCCCCCCAAGCCAGUAACAUAAAAAACAUUGCGUUAAAUCGCCCUUCCAAAUAUAAGCCCCCCAGGGGCUUGUACUGUCUUGGAAAAUUGCCCUCAAAUACAAUGUAAAACAAAGAAAAAAUGGUAAAUUUACUUCCAACUAUAAGGCUAGCCCUAUCGAGUUUGAAACGCAAAUUUCCCUCCGUAGAUAAGCCCCUCCAAAUAUAAGCCCCUCCAAAAAUAAGCCCCUCAAAAAGGGCCUUUGAAAAAUGUAAGCCCCGGGGCUUAUUUUCAUAAUUUUACGGUAUUUACAAAUGAGUAGACUGGUUUAUAGUUUUUGAAGAAACUGCGUUUCUACAUCCAUAAUGGAGUGGAAUGUAAAAAUUUAGUUCAGUUAUCGAAACUGAAAAGAUUUAUUUACCAUCAUAAAGUGAUUCAAUUGCUGAUAUUCUGAGUGCCAGGUCUUAACACUGAUGAAGGACUGGUACUUAAAAUGUUAACUUCUGAAUCACAUCAUGUUGGCAAAUUAAUCUUACAGUAAUGUUGUAUUUUUAAUUUAUCAAGUCAGUCAUUUAGUCAAUAGUUUGUUAGUAUGCUUACACAGCUCACUUUUGUAAUUACUGUCCGCAACAAAAUUGUUGACGCACUGACACCAAGUGGUGUAUUGUUCGGAAAACAAAACAAUGUAGACCCUUUCCUUCACCCACCCACAAAACCAUUGUGAGCCUUGAUUGUGAGCUUGUUUUGUUAUUUCCUACUGGUAGUUUGAGCAGCUGCACAACACUUUUUAGGGUUGGGGAGAAAGGAAAGGCUUGCUUUUCUUGUUUGAAGUAUGUGUUUCAGCCAAACAUUAAUCUGCUACACAGCUGUUUUUUAAUAGUGUCGUCACACAACGUUCCUCCCACAAAUGGCUGCUGUCAGAAUCGAACCACAUUCCUUUCCCUUUGUGUUUGUUGUGAGGGCUAACAAACAAACCAAUCAUGUAAAAGAAACUUGACAUUAUGUGAGAUGCAGGGCGCUUCUCAAUUUUUGAUGCAUCAAUCCAUUGUCGCUGAAUUUGGACGGGCUUUGUAUCUGCAAGCAACCAAAAGGUUAAUUUGCAGAAAAGUUUGUUUUACAAUGUAAGCAGUUAACAAAGUUUCAAGUGAAAAAAAGGUUUGAUAGGCCUACAAGACUCUUACCAGAAUUGGUUGUUGUUUUUUUUUUUUAACAUGCAUAUGUAUAAUGAAUUUUAUGUUCUGGAUGUGCUCAUUGUGUUGCUGUACAUGUGAAGACUAAACUCUCAAGGGUACUGAUUCAAACAACUUGGGGAGGAGCAUUGCGUGACGACCCUAAAAAUGACUCUGUUGCGUGACGACCCUAAAAAUGACUGUGUAGCAGACUAGCCAAACAUGAGAAUUGUUGUACUUAUUUAUAUGUUAUAAUUAAUAUUUUAUCUUAGGUAUAAAUUUUUGUUUUUCUUUUAGUUUUGACAAUUAGAAAUAGACUCUAAUAUUGUCAAAGACUUAAAGAAAAAGUGUUGUUUAACAACAGCCACUGGAUCACCCCAGUUCCAAAAAAAGUUCAGGGGUCAAAUUAUUUUGUUUUUUGAUUUUUUUUUUGGGGGUCAUUAUCCCUGCCGUUGUUACUACAUUAUCAUCAUCAAUAAAAAUUUGAAUGUUAUUGUAUUCAACAGAGAAGCAAGAAUCAAGACCAAAUUAUUUGCUCCAUGCAGAAAAUUUUGUGAAGGAUUAGGUUUUCAGCCAUACACAUGAUUUCAAGACAAACUUUGCACUUCAUUUGUUUUGCAGUGGAAUCAUAUUUUAACCAGUGAAACUCCCCCAGCCAUUUAGGACAAAAUUUGUGUUCAUUCACCUGGGUAUCAUCCCCCUGAUCUGUAUCACUUUCAGGUUUCCUUUUUUCAGGUUUCCUCAAUGUUGAAGGCCUGGCAAUAUCGAAUAAACUCUUUUGUAUAGACAUGACCCAACGAGAGACAAAAUAGGGGCUUUAAGGACAUGCCAUGAUGAUCACAAAUUUUUGGGUAGGGCCAGCCAGACCCAGUUUUCCUGCGUCCCAAGGCUACACUUUGGCAAAAAACUGUGUUUCCUUUUCAUUUUUGUGUGGAUAUUAUGCACACCUGUGAGUUAGUGGGAACUCUGAUAGUAUUGUUGUUAUUAUUAGCAGUAAAUUUAGGUCAUAGAUGAAAUGUGCAUCAAAUAAGCAGCCUAUAUGACCACUAGGAACAGUCAUUGGUGAUCACAUUAUCAAUUAAAUUCAGAGAGGAAUCGAUUUUCAUACAGACUUGUUCCAUGAAUAAGGGCAUUCAGUUGAUCCUAAAAAACAGCUCCUAUUUUUGAAUUUUAAGUUGGGUGCGUGUGACAAGCACAUGAAAAAGCAUCCUUGUCAAGUUUUGAAAUCCUUUGCAGUUACAUUUGCAGCAGCCAAAGUCCUUCCUUUGUUAUGCCCAAGUGAUAAGAUAUUUCUGACAUAUCAUUCUCAAAAUGUCUUGCUUGUUUGUUAUGUCAGAGUGACGAGGAAGAGGAAAUGCCAGCAGAAGCCAAAAUGAAGAUGCGAAAUAUUGGAAGGUAGAGUAAGAAAUAUGCAGCCAAUAUUAUUUGAGAAUGGCAUGAUUAUUAGAAAUAAAUUUCUUCAGGGAUAAUGAUGCAAAAUGUUUUAAGUUCAUGGAUCAAUAAAGUUCAUUCUUUACAUUUUACACUCAUAAAUAAUUAUUACUUUUUUAAAGUGUUAUUAAAUUGACCUCAAUAUUGUUAAUGAAACCUGACAAAUUAAGAAUAGAGAGCAAGCAACAACAACGGCGACAGUUACGAAAACGUCACUUAAAAAGGGAAUGCACGCUGCCUCUAAAUUUAUCACGCUUAUUCCAUCUCGUUUAAUUCGUAAAAUUUUGGCAAAUUUUUUAGUAGUUGAAUUCUAAAGACUGUAUCAAAGUUCAGGAAAAGAAAAAGAAAGUCGUUGUCUUGUGUUCGCGUCCUCGACCGAACGUGAAAUAAGGCACUUUCGCGUUGUAGUCGUGCAGCAGCGACGACGAAGAAAUGUACAAAAAGCGUGAUGCACGUGCAAAGUUGCUGUUUUGCCAAUCUAAACCUAUUUUGCUUUUUUGCCGUCGUCGUUGCUUAAGCUCACUAAUGAUAAAAGGUGAACCUUAAGGGACGGACCAUUAGAAAACUUAUGGAUUAGGGGUGGGGGGGCUUGCGAAGUACAAAAAAAUAUUCGCGCAAGGGAACAUUAAAUUAAAAAAGAUUCUUGCACGCCAAUUAAUCCUAGAAGAUAUUCAUGCUAUGGCCUAAAAAAAAUUCAUACUAGGAAUUGGACAACGAAAAAAAAUUCCUGCGGUUCGAAAAUCCCCCCCCGCCCCCCAUAACUUUUCUAAUGGUCCGUCCCUAACAGAAAAAUGACUGCUAUUCAUGCGGUUGGAGCAUGCUGUUACUCUCAUCAAUUAUUAGACUGUGAAUUCAUCAGUUUGUGUCAAAUUUGAUUUCUUUGAGUUUGUCUCAUUUAAGGUAAUCCAGAUUCCACAAUCUGAGAAAUCUUUGCUUGUGGAAUUCGUGAUCCGGGAAACAGAAUCGUACUAGCGAUUGAAAUUCGAAAUCCAAUUUUUACUGUUGAACAAUCCGGAAUCCACAGGGUGGAAUCCAGAAUCCAAGAAUGUCUUGGGUAACCGUUAUUACAAAGGACGAUUGAGUGCCAAUGAAAAUAGGCCACUUCCGAGUUCCAAAAUCCCUCACUUUCAAAAUGAGGGCAAGUGCACAACCGUUCUUGUGAAAAUGACUUUCUUUACAUGAGAAUGAAAAAUCGUUAUCAUAUCAAAGGCUGACCACUCAACCUGUUUUUGAUACAGAGGCCCGAGGGACUCGGAAAUAGCCUAUUGUGAUGAGUUCUCCAUUGUUUGUCUUUUUCAGAGACACGCCUACAUCAGCAGGACCUAAUUCCUUCAACAAAGGGAACAAGGGAUUCAGUGAUCACCGCGCAUCAGAAAAAAGCUUUAAACUUGAACACCCCUCAAGAUCCAAGGAUCAUAAGGAAUAG